GGUUGAAAGACACACAGAAGUCUUCAUGGAUAUAGUUGAUACAUUUAAUCAUUUAAUUCCUACUGAACACUUAGAUGAUGCCCUAUUUCUAGGAUCCAACCUGGAGAAUGAAGUCUGUGAGGAUUUUAGUGCAAGUCAAAAUGUCUUAGAGGACUCGCUGAAGAACAUGCUCAGCGAUAAGGAUCCUAUGCUAGGAUCUGCGAGUAACCAGUUCUGUUUGCCUGUUUUGGAUAGCAAUGACCCCAAUGUCCAGAUGCCUUGUUCAACAGUUGUUGGUCUUGACGAUAUUAUGGAUGAAGGAGUUGUUAAAGAAAGUGGCAAUGAUACCAUUGAUGAAGAAGAGUUGAUUUUACCUAACAGGAGUUUGAGGGACAAAGUAGAAGAAAACUCAGUGCGAUCACCAAGAAAAUCACCUCGUUUAAUGGCACAAGAACAAGUAAGAAGUUUGCGACAAAGCACUAUUGCCAAGCGUUCAAAUGCUGCACCACUAAGUAGCACCAAAAAAGCAUCUGGGAAGACUGUACCUGCCCCAAAGGCAGGGGCGAAACAGCCAGAAAGAUGUCAGGUUAAAGAGGACAUCCGCACCUCACUGAAGUCCGAGUACCCGAGGGAGAGCAGGAGGAGCAGCCGACACACUGGGCCGGUCGGAGUGGCGCCAGAGGUAUUGGCGGCUUCCGGUCCCUCCCCGGUGUCUCGCCUGGAAUUGAAGGAAGACACAGGGCUGGCUUCCGGGCCUGAGUGCGGUGAUCAGGGAGACUCCCGGGUGCCGUCUCAUGAACUGAACUGUCCGCUUCUUGCAGAGACUUGUGUUCCUCUUGGAGCAAAGGAAACUGAAGCUCUGAUGGAAUGUAAAAUUCAGACUGAUAGCGGCCCAUUGUUUAAGUUCUCGGAUAAGGAGGAAGAUGAUUCCAUUUCAGGGAAAAUGGAUGAGACUGUUGAAGAAAAGAGGGCAAAGGAAGAACUUGAUCAGGAAUCAAAGGAGAUAGUAAAAUUAUCCCAUGAAGAUGACCAGAUUAUGGAGGACCCUGAAUCUUCUGUUGGCAUUUCUGGUGAUAUUGCUUGCAUGAAUGCAAACAGCACAGAAAAGAACCUUGUAGGUUUGUCUAGUUCAGAGGAUGGAGUGACCGACUAUAGUUUGAAACUGAGUACCAUGGAUGUUGAUAAAGCUGAGAACUCCCCGCAGAGAAAUAAAGUGGAGCCGUCGGGUUAUUGUGAUGACACAGAGUCCAGUGAUACCCAGCCACGGAGCACCGAGUUUUCUAAAUCAGCGUUAGAGGUGGUUGGUACUAAUGCUUUUGAGCCACAAGGUAAUAUUUUAGAAAAUGCUGUUUGUGAUGUGUCUGACCAAAAUUCAAAACAGUUGAACAUUAUUGAAAGUAUUCAGAUGGAGUCUCAGGAGACAGCAAACCUUCAGAAUGACAGCAGCAGCCGGUCAAGUAGUGUUUCUGGUGUGGAGUUGAAAAACAAACCCAAACAUACAAAACCUGUAACUUACUCUAAACAAAGCGUGAGCACAGAUACGCUGAGGAAAAUGGUUGUAGCAAAGCAUGCAGUAGUGCAUAGCAAAACUGAUGCCAAAAGUGUGAAACGAAAUGCAGAUGAACCAGAAUCCCAGCAAAAUUUUCAUAGGCCAGUUAAAGUGAGGAAAAAAAUUGAUAAGGAGCCAAAGACUCAAAGCUGUAAUUCUGGCGUUAGGGCCGUGAAAAACCAGACUCAUUCAGUAUUCAAGAAAACGUCGCAGGAUCAAACUUCAGUGCAAACCUCCAGACCUGUAACUCAUUCUCUGAGCGAUAAGGUUGCUCACAGUCACCCCAGUCCUGCACACAUGGGACACUCACUACAUUCCAGCCACAGACAGGGCCAUAAGUCUCAGCAGCAGGCACCAGCGGCGAGGGUCCCCAGUCAUGGGAAGGAAGAGCCUGAGCACCCCGGCCUUGAGCAGUAUAAGGACGAAGAUAAGCUGAAACUAAAAAAACCUGAGAAGAACCUGCAACCUCGGCAGAGAAGGAGCAGCAGAAGUUUCUCUUUGGACGAGCCACCAUUGUUCAUUCCAGACAAUAUAGCAACUGUAAAAAGAGAAGGUUCAGAUCAUAGCUCCGUGUUUGAGAGCAGAUCCAUGUGGGCUCCCAGCAAGCAGUGUGGGUUUUGCAAAAAACCACAUGGCAACAGGUUCAUGGUCGGCUGUGGGCGAUGUGAUGACUGGUUCCACGGAGACUGUGUGGGGCUCAGUCUGUCCCAGGCUCAGCGGAUGGGCGAGGAGGACAAGGAGUACGUGUGUGUGCGCUGCUGCGCUGAAGAAGACAGGAAGACCGAAGUUGGGGACACAGACUUCGUUGAAAAUCAAGGUGCAGUUGAAGUUCAUAGUGAAGAUAAGAAAAUGGAGGGUGAAAAGCUCGGAUUAUCGAAGCACGUGACAGCCAACGACAGAACCAAAUGUGUAGAUGAUGCAAUGAGGCACAAGGUCAGAAUUUUGAAACGGGAAUCUCCUGAAGGCAGAAAUUCAUCAGACUGUAGAGAUAAUGAAAUAAAAAAAUGGCAACUAGCUCCUCUUCGAAAAACGGGACAACCAGUUUUACCUCGGAGAUCCUCGGAAGAAAAGAGUGAAAAAAUGCCUAAAGAAGCUACAAACAUUAUUUGUACAGCUCCAAAACCAGGCAGUGCCCACGAAAAGCAAGAGCUAAAGAAAAGGAAAGCUGAAAAGGGGACGCCUGGUGUGCACCCGGCCGCGGCCCCGGCAUCCAAGCCCUCUGCGGACCAGAUCAGGCAGAGCGUCAGACACUCCCUCAAGGACAUUCUCAUGAGAAGACUUUCAGACUCAAAUUUGAAGGUACCAGAGGAAAAGGCAGCAAAAGUUGCCACAAAAAUUGAAAAAGAGCUUUUCUCCUUUUUCCGGGACACGGAUGCUAAAUAUAAGAACAAAUACAGAAGUUUGAUGUUCAAUCUGAAAGACCCUAAAAACAAUAUAUUAUUUAAAAAAGUAUUGAAAGGAGAAGUAACCCCUGAUCAUCUCAUAAAAAUGAGUCCAGAAGAACUGGCUUCUAAAGAAUUAGCUGCUUGGAGACGCAGAGAAAACAGACAUACCAUAGAGAUGAUUGAGAAAGAGCAGAGAGAAGUGGAAAGACGACCGAUCACAAAAAUAACUCACAAAGGCGAGAUAGAAAUUGAGAGCGACGCCCCGAUGAAGGAGCAGGAAGCUGCCAUGGAGAUGCAGGAGGCUGCCGCCAGUAAGUCACUGGAGAAGCCAGAGGGGCCGGAGAAGCAGAGAGAGGAGGGUGGUUCUGUGUCGGCGGACACCACGAGUCAGCACCGGCAGCACCUGUUCGAUCUCAACUGCAAAAUCUGCAUAGGUCGAAUGGCGCCACCUGUCGACGAUCUUUCUCCAAAAAAGGUCAAAGUUGUCGUCGGAGUGGCUCGCAGACAUUCAGACAAUGAAGCAGAAAGUCUAGCGGAUGCACUGUCUUCCACCUCAAAUAUUCUGGCUUCUGAGUUCUUUGAAGAAGAGAAACAAGAGUCUCCAAAAUCAACAUUCUCUCCUGCUCCACGCCCAGAGAUGCCGGGGACUGUUGAAGUUGAGUCUACCUUCCUGGCUCGAUUGAACUUCAUCUGGAAAGGUUUUAUCAACAUGCCUUCGGUGGCCAAAUUCGUUACCAAAGCCUACCCAGUGUCCGGCUCCCCCGAAUACUUGACAGAGGACCUACCAGAUAGUAUUCAAGUAGGUGGCAGGAUAUCGCCUCAGACAGUCUGGGAUUAUGUGGAAAAAAUAAAAGCAUCAGGAACUAAGGAGAUUUGUGUGGUUCGUUUCACACCAGUAACUGAAGAAGAUCAGAUUUCUUACACUUUGCUGUUCGCGUACUUCAGUAGCAGAAAGCGCUAUGGAGUGGCUGCUAACAACAUGAAGCAGGUUAAAGAUCUGUACCUUAUUCCUCUGAGUGCCGCAGAUAAGAUUCCACAUCCUCUUGUGCCUUUUGACGGACCUGGACUUGAACUGCAUAGACCUAAUCUGUUACUGGGCCUGAUCAUCCGUCAGAAGCUGAAGAGGCAGCAUAGUGCCAAUACUGGCACUUGUCUCCCGGUGGAGGCUCCGGAAGGUGCACCGAUAGUCUUACCCCCCGACAAAAAAACUAAAAUAGAAGCUUCUACAGAGGAAGCCCUGGAGGAGGAAAAUGACUUCUUUAAUUCCUUUACGACUGUCUUACACAAGCAAAGAAACAAGCCUCAGCAGAGUCUUCAGGAAGACCUGCCCACAGCUACUGAGCCUUUCGUGGAAGUUACCAAACAGGAGCCACCCAAACCUUUACGAUUUCUUCCUGGAGUGUUAAUAGGCUGGGAAAAUCAACCUACUGCUUUGGAAUUAGCAAAUAAGCCUCUCCCGGUGGAUGACAUACUCCAGAGCCUUUUGGGCACCACCGGCCAAGCAUACGAGCAGGGCCAGCCAGUGGCGGAGCAGAACACCGUGACAGAAAUUCCGUUUAUAAGUGGGGAAACAAACCCCCAGGUGGAAAAGGUAGACGGAGUGGAAGUAACCGAUGAUGAAGCCAAGGAGGUGAAGGUUACGGUAGAUGAUCUUUCAGAACCUGCAGGUAAUUCAGGUGCAGGAGGAGACGAAGCGUCCCUGGUGGGGUCCUCUUCCAUUUCUCCAGGGCCUGUGGCGAGUCUUAGUCUCAGAGGUAAACCACCAGAUGUUUCUACAGAAGCGUUCUUAACAAAUUUAUCAAUUCAGUCAAAACAAGAAGAAACUGUGGAGAAUAAAGAGAGAACCUUGAAAAGACAGGUGGUCCAAGAUCAAGAGAAUAAUUUGCAAGAUAAUAGGACUUCAUGUAGUUCUCCGUGCAGGUCUAAUGCAGGAAAAGGAAACACAGAUGGUAAUGUGACUUGCAGCGAAAACCUCGCUGCUAAUACGGCAAAGUCCCCACAGUUUAUUAACCUGAAAAGGGAUCCGAGGCAAGCAGCAGGACGGAAUCAGCAGAUAAUUGCUUCAGAAAGCAAAGACGGAGACGGUUGCCGAAAUGGAGAAAAGCAGGCCCUCCCUGGUCUGUCACACAGCAAGGAGCAACUGACAGAACAGAUCAGUGUGGAAGAAAACUCGUCUUCUCCAGAGAAAAACUCCUGUGGUCAGCAGAAUGAUAACUCACCUUCAGCAGAAAACGUACCUUCUUCCCAAACAGAACAAGCAAAAGCCUCCCAAACACAGGAGGACAUCUUAACACAAAAUAUUGAAACUGUGCACCCCUUUAGAAGAGGACCGGCAGCAACAACAUCUCAUUUUGAACCUGGGAACACAGGCCAAUCAGAAUUUCCUCCUAAAAACAUCAACUUCACGCCCAGAAGCAGCAGCCCCAGAGCAGGUGCCAACUUCUCACCCAUGCGGCCACAGCAGCCCAGCCUCCAGCAUCUCAAGUCCAGCCCUCCGGGGUUCCCGUUUGCGGGGCCUCCCAGUUUCCCCCCACAAGGCGUGUUUGGAUUUCCACCGCAUUUGCCACCUCCACUGCUCCCGCCUCCGGGCUUUGGCUUUCCUCAGAGUCCAGUGGUCCCCUGGCCACCUGUUCAUCUCCCAGGCCAGCCGCAGCGUAUGCUGGGUCCCCUUGCACAGGCGUCAAGGUACAUGGGCCCGCAGAACUUUUACCAGGUUAAAGACAUUCGGAGACCGGAGAGGCGCCACAGUGACCCUUGGGGCCGGCAGGACCAACCGCAGCUGGAUCGGCCGUUUAACAGGGGCAAAGGGGAUCGCCAAAGGUUUUACAGUGAUUCACACCACUUGAAAAGGGAGCGACACGAAAAGGAGUGGGAGCAAGACUCUGAAAGGCACAGGCGCAGAGACAGAAGCCAGGACAAAGACAGAGACAGAAAGGGUAGAGAGGAGGCGCACAGAGACAAAGACAGGCCACGGCUGCUGCAUGCUGAUCGAGGGGCGGAUGGAAAAGGGGGCCGGGAUAACAGAAGCGCAGAGAGGAAACCCGACAGACCCAAAGCUGAAGACCACGAAAAGGACAAAGAUCGAGAGAAAAGUAAACACAGAGAGGCAGAGAAGGACAGGGAGAGGCAUCACAAAGACAGGGACCACACCGACAGAGCUAAGAGCAAAAGGUGAAGCCGGCAGGCUGCUGCAGGGUGACGCUGGCCCGACUCCGGACCGCCGUGGCCGGGCCACCUCCGUCCUCACUGUUGGUGGCCCAAGGGACCUGGGCCCCGUCUGCCGGUCACUGUCCCUUCACGCUGAAUCUGGUUACAGGAAUUUGAUAUUUUUGAAAGUUUUACAUUGCUGUAUAUUCAAAGAUUUGUUUUAUUAAUAUGCAAUAAAGGCUUAGAAAUUUUAGUUUUCCUUUCUUAAUUGGUAAAUAUGAUUAACGAUGGAAUGUAUUUACCGCCUCUAGUUGACAUCCUUUCAUGACUAAUUCGAGAGUAAUGUGUGCUCUGUGAGUUUAAGAUUGCACUGUUUUUAAAGAAACUGUAGAGGAGCAACAGAAAGCCAAGCCACUCCUUAAGUAGGUUGUGCUGAUCGUUCAGUUUGUGACCAGACAUCGGAAGUCCAAGGAGUACGUUUUGUUACUUCCACCUGCACUCACCGAAGACAUUUUAUUAUCGUACACGACAGCUUGUUGGUAGGCCGUUGUUUUCCUUUUCAUGUGUUGGCUCUUCAGAAACUUGAAUACGUAAGCUUGUACAUGAUCUGGUGUUUUGCUAUCCUUUUUACUGUUAAAAUGUAAAUAUUUUAAGGGAUAUUUUGAUUCUAAAUAUGAUAAAAGAAUUUCUCAUCUAUUUUGUGUGUGUGGUUUGAAACUCGGUAGUAAAUGUUCUUUAAAGCUUUAAUUCUCUUUAGACAGUGUUUUCUUACUCAGCCAAGAAUAUCUGUACACAGCUGUCAGUCAGUAGAGGAGGGGCAGUUGUUUCUAAAUUUUAGAGGUUAGGCCGGGGAUUUGGCUCAGUGGUUCCGCUGUCUUCCUG